UCCCCAAGUUUCUCAAGGUCCCCGAGGUCCCCAAUGCCCCUGAUGUCCCCAAUGUCCCUGAUGCCCCUGAUGUCCCCGAGGUCCCCAGUCCCCGUGUCCCCGAUGUCCCUGAAGUCCCCAGGGUCCCUGAUGUCCUCAAUGUCUAUGUCCCCCCCAAGGUCCCCAGGGUCGCCAAGGUCUCCAAGGUCCCCGAUGCCCCUGAUGUCCCCAAUGUCCCUGAUGCCCCCAAUGGCUCCGAGGUCCCCAAGGUCCCCAAGGUCCCCGAUGCUCCUGAUGUCCCAAAUGUCCCUGAUGCCCCUGAUGUCCCUGAGGUCCCCAAGGUCCCCAUGUCCCCGAUGUCCCUGAGGUGCCCAGGGCCCCUGAUGUCCUCAAUGUCCAUGUGUCCCCAAGGUCCCUGA